CUAAAUUGCUCCGUUCUUUUUGUCACACAACUAAUACAUACUUCCACCAAAAAGUCGAGCCUGGACGAAUGAAGUGCAUCUGAACGAUGGCCUUCACCGCAAUAUCUUCUUCACUGCAGUCUUCUUCUUCUUCUUCUGUGCCUUCAGUUAUCUCCUUCCAAUGCCCGUCAUCUCCCGCCAUUCUAUCACAGAAAUCCUCGUCUCUCUCGUGGGCAUCUUCAUUUCCGCAUGUUACCAUAUCCAGAGGCUCUCCUGUCGUCUCUUCGAAUCCCGCGCAUGACAAGGUCUUAUUUAUACAAUCAGCUUGGACAAGAAGGUCACGCGAGGAGGCUGCAAAACGACCGAACAAGAAAUCAUGGAAACAAAGGACAGAUAUGUAUAUGAAGCCAUUUUUACUCGACGUUUUCUUUUCGAAGAAAUUUGUUCAUGCAAAGGUAAUGCAUAGAGGAACAAGCAAAGUGAUAUCGGUUGCGACAACAAAUGCAAAGGAUCUUAGGAACAGUCUACCAUCACUUACAGAUCACAAUGCAUGCAGAGUAAUAGGGAAGCUUAUUGCCGAGAGAUCAAAGGAAGCAGAUGUCUAUGCAAUGUCGUACGAGCCUAGGAAGGAUGAAAGAAUUGACGGUAAGCUUGGCAUUGUUAUUGAUACCAUUAAGGAGAAUGGGAUAAUGUUUGUACCUUGAGUUUAAAUAAAGGGAAGAAUAAUAAGACAAGAAAACAAUUUAUCUAGAUCCUCUAAUAGGCAGUAGAGCAUAAGAAUGUUCCUGUUUAGCUUGUUUGAACUAUCGGAAGCUGUUGGUCUUACUACUCCCUUGCAUAGCUCUGGUUUAUUUAGUUAAUUUUAUGAUUGUAUCUUAUGAUUUCGGGAGUUGACUUCCAACUUCCAAAUU